AUGCAGGAAGGUGCCAAUGUGGAUUGGAGUAAAAUAGUGACCGACACUUACGAGUUAGCUGAAGAGUGCCUGAAAACAAACUACUAUGGCGCCAAGGGAAUGAUUGAAGCACUUCUUCCAAUCCUCCAGUUGUCCAAUUCACCAAGGAUUGUUAAUGUUUCCUCUUCCAUGGGACGCUUAAAGCAUAUACCAAAUGAAUGGGCUAAAGAAGUGUUAGGUAGUGCUGAAAGCCUUACAGAAGAAAGAGUUGAUGAGGUAUUGAAUGAACAUCUGAAAGAUUUUAAAGAGGGUUCCUUGGAAACCAAAGGCUGGCCUAGAUAUUCGUCUGCCUAUAUAAUUUCAAAAGCAGCUAUGAAUGCCUACACAAGGAUUGUGGCCAAAAAGUUCCCAUCUUUCCAAGUCAAUUGCGUCUGCCCUGGCUAUGUCAAGACAGAUAUAAACUACAACAAUGGCUACUUGACAACUGAUGAAGGUGCUGAAAGUGUUGUAAAGUUAGCGCUCCUGCCCAACGAUGGUCCUUCUGGCCUCUUCUUUUUUCGGAAUGAAGUGACAACUUUUAAUUCUAUGCAGGUCAACAACGCUGGGAUCUAUGGAACUAUAUUAGAUGGAGAUGCUUUAGCCGCUUCAGGUCUUGGUAAGGAUGAGGAAGGUGCCAAUGUAGAUGUAGAUUGGAGUAAAAUAUUGACCGACACUUACGAGUUAGCUGAAGAGUGCCUGAAAAUAAACUACAAUGGUGCCAAAGGAAUGAUUGAAGCACUUCUUCCAAUCCUCCAGUUGUCCAAUUCACCAAGGAUUGUUAAUGUUUCCUCUUCCCUUGGGCACUUAAAGGAAAUACCAAGUGAAUGGGCUAAAGAAGUGUUAGCUAAUGCUGAAAGCCUAACAGAAGAAAGAGUAGAUGAGGUAUUGAAUGAAUAUCUAAAAGAUUUUAAAGAGGGUUCCUUGGAAACCAAAGGCUGGCCAAGAUAUUCGUCUGCCUAUGUGCUUUCAAAAGCAACUCUCAAUGCCUGCACAAGGAUUGUGGCUAAAAAGUUCCCGUCUUUCCGAGUCAAUUGCGUCUGCCCUGGCUAUGUCAAGUCAGAUUUCAACCACAACACUGGCUACUUGACAACUGAUGAAGGUGCUGAAAGUGUUGUAAAGUUAGCGCUCCUGCCCAACGAUGGUCCUUCUGGCCUCUUCUUUUCUAGGAAUGAAGUGACAACUUUUGAUUGAGAUUAUUCAUUUCUACCGCUUCUCAAAGAUAUAAAUACUAAUAAGUUUGUACUUUUCCUGGAAUUGUUUACUUUUUGUAUUUUGAAUCUCAAUUUGAUAGGCUAUUUGAAAACCAA